CCCUUCUGCACAGAAUGUCAGGAGAAAUUCAUGUCGUUGACAGCUAUGUCAACAUGUGAAACUGAAUGAAGGACAGGAACUAAACAAAAAGCUAAUAAUAGAAGAGGCAAGAAAGUGAGAAGUGAACACUUCGUUAGUAAAUUCUUACUGUCACUAGUAAGGAGGUCAGAUAGUGGAGCUUGUCCUUAUCUGUUACUGCAAGUGUCUUCUUGUUGGCAGUGUUCAAGUUAGAGCGAGCUGUUUGUACAUCUGUGUGCAUUUUGUAAGUAUAGGAAGCAAGCAAUUUACCCAAAAACCUUGCACAGUGGAUUUUUAAAGAGGCGUACAAAAGUUGCUUUGAUUCAUCUACAUUUGCUUAAUUAUUUACCCUACUUUAAGUCUUCCAAAAACUCUGUAAAGCAUUGUCUGACUUGUACCCAUUGCAAACAUUAAAUGAGUAAUUUGUUUCCCAGGCAGUGUGAGGCAUCAUCUUAAUUGUUCGAUGCUUCUUCUGCAGUAGAAGAGUCACCUCUGUUGGUUUAGUGAUAACCGCAGUUAUGUAUACUGUGAUAAUCUCACUGGCAACUCUAGUACAAGCUGUUGAAGAAACGUUUAUUCUAUUUUGAGACAUGCUUCGUCAUCCCUGUUUUGGCCACUAACAGGUUAUAGGCGCUUCUCCUUAUUCUUUCCUAGUAAAUCCCAUGAACAAACUAAUCCAAAAGUCAGUUUAUGAGAAAGACUCUGUGGUACUGGAGGAUGAGAGUUCUGGAGUGCUGUUUUUGCCCAAGUGUGUUUUGUGCUGCUAGCAGAAAUCGGGAAGUACGUUCCACGUUACGUUGUGUGUUGGUGAAACUAACAGUUUACAUCACACAGAUAUGGAGUAGCUGCUAAAUAUGGGACAAACAUAUGUAAGAGGAUCUUUAUUAGUAGGCAAUACGAAACCGGCCUUCUGUGUCCUGAAGAUAACAUUCAGCUAUAAAUAUUUCUUCACCGUUGUAAAUAGAAAUCUUUAGUGAAGAGACCUUUAAUUUGGCUUUUUUUAGUAGUUAAACCUUUUUGCUUGUUUGGUUUUAUGUGUGAUUUGAUGUAGGCUGUAGAAACCACAUUGAUAUCCUUAUUUAUUAGUAUGUUUCAUGUUGAUUUUUUUUUAGGUGGCCUUGUGUGCAGAUUUUGCGUGCAUUUUGUGUGCAUUUUGCGUCUAACUGAAUUGUUAUGUAAAUGAAAAUGUUUUCUCUUAUCAGAUGUAAAAUGCUUUCUGUGGAGGUUUCUGAUGCCAGGAUUCUUCUGGAGACUUACUUUGGUGCUUGGCUUAAAGGAAGAUGAUGUUGUUAAUGAAUUCUGAGCACCCAUCAGGAGGCUGGUGACCCUUCUAUCAUUGGUGAAUGCUGUCAUGGACAACUUCAAAGGCUAAAGACAGUGUUUUUGUGACAAUGUUUCAAGCUAGUGCUCCCUUACAGAAAAAAUGGGCUCUUUUCCAAAACACUACAAGCAGUUAACGCACUUUAUAAAGGACUCCUGACCUUUUGCAUCUUCCUGAGUCGUAUCUAGAUGUCACCAGUGUUUCCCAUGUUAACAGUUCUGAGCAUGUUUUACUAUAUGUGCCUUCGGCGCCGAGCUAGGACAGCGACGAGAGGAGAAAUGAACAGCCGGAGAGCUAUUGAAUCAAAUACUCGAGCCUUACCUAUCAAUGUUGAAAUAGUUCAGUAUGCCAAAGAAGUGUUGGAUUUCAGCUCUCACUAUGGCAGUGAAAAUAGCAUGUCAUAUACCAUGUGGAAUUUAGCAGGUAUUCCAAAUGUGUACCCUAGUUCUGGUGACUUUACUCAGACUGCUGUCUUUCGGACUUAUGGGACCUGGUGGGAUCAUUGCCCUAGUGCUCGGCUGCCAUUCAAGAGGACACCACCCACCUUCUGUAGCCAGGACUAUGUGGAACUUGCUUUUGAGGAACCCGUUUAUCCCACUGCAGUGCACAUUCUGGAAACAUAUCAUCCUGGAGCUGUGGUCAGAAUUUUGGCAUGCUCUGCAAAUCCUUACUCACAAAAUCCACCAGCUGAAGUAAGAUGGGAAAUCCUUUGGUCUGAGGCACCUACAAAGGUGAAUGGUCCCCAGGCUCGGCAGUUCACACCUUGUAUCAAACAGAUAAACUUUCCUACAAACUUAAUCCGUCUGGAAGUCAACAGCUCUCUUCUGGACUACUACACUGAAUUGGAUGCAGUAGUGCUACAUGGUGUGAAAGAAAGACCUGUGCUUUCACUUAAGCCUUCAAUGAUUGAUAUGAACGAUAUUGAUGAAGAUGAUGAUGAAGAGAAGUAUGGCUGUGGAAUGGACACUGUUAAUAAACAGUUUAGCAUUGUUACCCUCAGGGAAUGGCCGACUAAUGGAUAUUUUGAUAAACUGCCUUACGAGCUCAUCCAGUUGAUUUUGAGUCACCUUACGGUACCAGACCUGUGUAGACUAGCGCAAACUUGUAAGCUACUAUAUCAACAUUGCUGUGAUCCUCUACAGUACAUUCAUCUCAGUUUACAACCUUACUGGGCAAGGAUUAAUGACACAUCUCUGGAAUACCUACAGUCUCGCUGCACUCUCGUCCAGUGGCUGAAUUUAUCUUGGACUGGAAACAGGGGAGCCAUCUCUGUUUCUGGAUUUAGCAGGUUCUUGAAAGUGUGUGGCUCUGAAUUAGUACGCCUUGAGUUGUCGUGUGGCCAUUUCCUCAAUGAAACAUGUUUGGAGGUCAUUACUGAAAUGUGUCCAAAUCUUCAGGAAUUAAAUCUCUCAUCAUGUGAUAAAAUACCACCUCAGGCUUUCAACCACAUUGCCAAAGUGGGAAGCCUAAAGCGUCUUGUUCUGUACCGAACGAAAGUGGAGCAAACAGCCCUGCUCAGUAUUCUGAACUUCUGCUCGGAACUGCAGCACCUCAGCCUGGGCAGCUGUGUCAUGAUUGAAGACUAUGAUCUUAUAGCAAGCAUGAUGGGAGCAAAAUGCAAAAAGCUUCGUAGUCUGGAUUUGUGGAGAUGUAAAAACAUAACUGAAAGUGGAAUAGCAGAACUGGCUUCAGGCUGCCAGCUUUUGGAAGAACUUGAUCUUGGCUGGUGCCCUACGUUACAGAGCAGUACAGGCUGUUUCACAAACCUUGCACGUAAACUCCCAAACUUGCAAAAGCUCUUUCUUACGGCAAACAGGUCUGUGUGUGACACAGACAUCGAGGAGCUUGCUGCUAACUGUACGCACUUACGGCAGCUGGAUAUAUUAGGGACGAGGAUGGUAAGCCCUGCAUCUUUAAGAAAAUUGCUGGAGUCUUGUAAAGAUCUUUCUUUACUCGAUGUGUCCUUCUGUUCACAGAUUGAUAACAGAGUUGUCCUAGAAUUAAAUGCCAACUUCCCUAAUGUGUUCAUAAAAAAGAGUUUCACCCAGUGACUCACUGCAUACACCGCUGUGGAAUUCAUUUAACAGAGUUGUUGCCGGUGAAUUUGUUCUGACUUUUUUAAGAUGACUAUAAAUCCCCUAUGAAAUAGUGGAAAGGAUUGAUUAUAUGCGCAAAUGGGUAAAAUACAUUUAAAUAUAUUAUACGUUUCUUAAAGAGUUUAUAUUGUACCUAAGAAUUGUUUUACUUUGUGUUAAUUGGUGGCACUGCAUGUUUUUAAAUACCAGCCAUAUGUGUGGCUUUAAUGAGCAGAAAGUGCAUAACUUCUUCGUAAAUGUCCCUUUGCCGGGUAUUACCCACAAUAAACAAUAUUAAUAUCCAGGUGAGAGCAGAAGUUCAAUAUUUAGCAGUAAGGAAAAGAUAGGUGCUUCCUUUUUAUGUGUAUGUUUGUGUAUGUGUAUAUAAAUGUAUACAGGUGUAUUUAUAUAUACAUACACAGAUACUGUAGCAUUCUAGUUUAGCCUGCAGCAUAAGAUGUUAUGAUCUGGCCUAUAAUUAGUUGUUUGAAAACCUGUUUAAGCUUAUAUAAAAACGGAUUGAAAAGGCACUUUUCAUCUUCAUUUUUUUGGCGAUUAGUUGUAUCCAAUACAUUUUUUUCUCCCUUCUUCCACCUGAAAUAGAUGUAGUGAUAUUUUACAAGUAUUUUAAGUGACACAACAGAUAAAUGCAAGAACCUUCCACAUAAACUUGGAGCAGAAAUGAAAGAGAGAAUUACCAGCUGCUUCUGGUAUUGGAUAUGAAGUUUGAGUCAGUUACUUAGUGUCAUAACUGGUGAUAUGUAGGAAACUCCAAAGCAGUUUUCUUUUCAAACCUCUGUCAUGAUGAAGACUUGAUUUAUGAUACAUCUGGUUAUCAUGCAGAGUAGUCCAAAGAACAAAACUUAGAGUACUGCGUUAGUGACUGUCUCAUACACUGGCAUCAAAUCUACUCUUAAGUGUAAAACCAAGCAUUUUUGUUCAGCAAAACAGCAAUGAAAAUGUUGUGGGUUUAAAACAAGGGCAAUACGAUUUGGUGAUUUAAUAAUCUCUAAAUAUUAGCGUUGGAUUUGUUUUUCUAAGAGGUGAUCACUCAAAGUACUAUUGCACUCUCUGUCUCUUUAAUAAUUUUUAGCCUCUGGAGAAGGAAAACAGUGCAGAUGGUUAAAUUCUAGAGGUUUCUUCCUUUUGCACUUCCUUGGGUGAAGAUUUUAUUUUAUUUUUUUCCCUUUAUCCCCCCCCAUAUUACUGCUAGAGUAUGUUGCUGUGUACAGCUUGAGUUUAGAAUUUUGCCUUUUUAGCCAUUGUUCUUGAAUAUAGACCAUGAAAUAUAGCCUAUCAUUUUAUAUUGUUUCCACUAUUCUUGUAUUGAUGGCACUUAUUUUACCUGCUGGAAUAAGAGGAAGAAUAUUUUGUCUGGCAGAAGCAUGUUAUUGCACCGAAGAUCACAAGCAACUAAUUCUUCAGUUUAUGCAGUAAAUAACCGACCGCUACUAGAGGACUGCUACGAAUCAUUAAAGAUUUGAUGAUCUCUGUGACUCCUGAAUGAACGCUUUGAACUCUUUCUGCUGGUGCCAAUACUUUAUAAACCAUGUCAUGAAAACAGCUACAGAACAUUUAUCUGAUGUUACAAAAGGACAUUUUUCUUCAGAUUUUUCAAUUUUAGAUAAUCUUUUGGGAAUUCCAGAUCCAAAGAGGGCAAGCACAGUUGGCUUUUGAUUUUUACUCCAUACGGAUGACACUAUGGGAUUUCCAACUAGAUUAUGGCAUUCCAUUUUUAUUUUCCCCAGAAAACUGGGCAUUGUCAGAUCUUUAGAUUGAUUUAAUAUUUUUUUUUUUCCAUGCUGACAGAUGUCAGCUUUGGUGUGAUUCUGUGUGAGAGACCUCAUUUCUUUCAAUCAGGUUUGGGUUGAUUUGUUUUUCUGAGAACUUCUAACAUUUUUUAUCUACAAGUAAUAUUUUUCAUUGUAAUUGAGUAUUAAAAAUUAUUGUUCUGGUUAUAGGAGAGCACAGGUUCAGAUAAUAGGAGUUUACAAAGAAAAGUGUUUCAAAACAAAUGUCUUUGUUGUGAAAUUUCACUUCUCAGGGUGCAUCUGUGUUUAUCUCCUUUUUUCUUCAAGAUCCUUCUUGUUUGUUUUUCACUGUACAUAGAAAGGGAUAUGGGUGAAGUGAUAGCCAUUGUGCCUUCUAACUGGUAAACUUGGUAAAUAUACAGUUUCACUUCAACAGUGUCAGUGAAUAAGUGGUUUUGUAUUCACGUAUGUAUAGAGGAUUUGAUUCUCCGUUGCUCUUUAGGUAGUACAAAGGAGGUUUAAAUUGACAUUUUGUUCAUACUAGAGGAUUGUUUUUCUUAUGUUGUGCCUUUUAUUAGAGAUUGUUUUUGUCAGGAAUUCUCCAUUGUCACUUGAAAGAUGAAUUGAAAUCUGCUUUUUAUUUAGACUAUUUAAAACUUGGCUGUUGCUUACAUAUAAUCAAUAAAAAUAGCUGAGAAAUAAUUGGGAAAGACUUCCAUCUGUAGUUGUAGACUUUAACCUUCAAUCAGUGGGUAAGAAGCUUUUUUAGCUAUGAUUUUGUACCUCCAAGAAGUCUUCCAGCAAGGAAAGAAUAGACUGAAUGACAUUUGUAAUAUUUCCAUGUUAAACACCAUGCUUUUAGACCUUCCUUAUACGUCACAAAUAAGCAAGAAUAGAUCACUAUCUUUUUAGUUCUGUUAUUUUCUUCUUGUGUGUGUAUCUAUUUUUGCAUAUGUGUUCAUAAAUUAUAUGUGUACACACAUGCAUGUAGGUAUAUGUAAACAUUUAUAUAUGUGUGUACAUACUUAUAUCUAUAACUCUCACAGUUUUUCAUGUAGGAAUUACUUUUGUGAAAAUGUAAUAGCAAAAGGUGUUUCAUAGCACUUCUGUUUUCAGCUGUUUUACUGUACCUGGAGACCGAGUUCCUCUCCACCCAUGCAGCAGGAAAAGCCUGGGCAGUAUGUGUGCUAGAUUUCCUGUGUUGCUUUUCCAAAGUGCCUUUUGGGUUGCCUACAUGUGAAAGGUGUUACAGGGUAUGUUAGAGUGUGAAUGCAAAGUCCGACAACUACUGUGGACUGUCUCUUUGUGAAGCAAGUCAUAUAGAGGGAAAUUUAUUCUCAUUUAAUUUAAUCCAAAAUGAGUGAUGACAAUUCCUUAGUUGGAGGAAUUGGAUUAUUUGGGAAUUGGGUCAUCAUCUCCAACGCUAGAUCAUCCCUCACUUGUGUAAUCUAAAUUCUGCUUUUAAGGAUAUUCCAUUUUUUUUAUCUUGUCCUUUGAUCGUGUCUUUCUGAAGCAUUGUAAAAGGUGAGUGUUGGCAACAGAUGUUAAAAAAAGAUUGCUAACGUGUCCAAAAAAAGAGGCUUGCUCUGAAGUGCUCUUGUUCUUAAGUUAAAGGGGGACUUCCAUAGUAUCUGUAUGAAAUUGAUGUCGGAUGGUGUGUAGGUAGAUAUGUCAUUCUUUUGGUGAUUUUAAGAAUGAAUACGAUAGUUUUACCAUUUAAAGCAUCUUCCUAGCUCUUGAAGUCUUCAAUUCAAUAGUGCACUUGUAUUCCUGAGCUAUCUGGCUUGGUAGCUCUAUGGAAAUGUGUGGACUUUCUUUUGUUUAAAUUAUACAUGUGAUUAAGUACACGAGUGACCAGGAGUUAUAUAUGGAAGAAUAGUUUUGCAUACAAGUUUGCUCUUUAUAAUUCCCCUGUACUGGGAGGUCCAAAUUUUGGCGGGGGGAAGACCUUGUUUUUCCUGCCUGAAUCUUUCCUUGGGGCUUUCAUGACAACUUUUCCAGAUGCAAGAUGUCCAGUAGUAACGACACUCAGGGAGUGGAAUUCAUCUGACUGAAUAUAGCUCUCUGAAAGUUAGACAUCUAGUUUAAGGAAUCUGGGUACCUCUAGAGAGCUAUUAAUCUCCUAAGAUAGAUAUUUAAGGAAAGUAGAAUGAAUCAUUUUCUGGAGAGCCUCUCUGGAGACUGUGGAAGCUGUGAUUAAUCUUAUGUUAGAUAUUUUGCUUUAGAAUACUAAACUGAGAUUAAUUCCAUCCACUGCUGUACUACCUGUCUUGGAAUAACAAAAGACAAGACUGGAACAACAUCCAUACUCAAACUUCAAACCCCUCCAAAAAAUCCAUCCAGAUAGAAGCAAAUUAAAAAGAUCCUGACAACUUGGAAACAGUAUUUUAAAUGCCAGGAUCUAUUUUUGCCCCUGAGUCCCGUGCCAGUACCAGUAGUAUGUCUCUUUUUUUGGUGGAAAUGAAUCUUUCCUUUUUCUAAAAUCAUUUCAUGUACCUAACUGGCUAUAUGUAUGGUUCUGUAAAUGCAUGAAAUUAAUGGGAAAACAUAAUUAAUGUUUUGCAGCUGUUUUGUUAAUCUUUCAUAUUUCUAUGAUCAAGACUAUGACUGGCUUAACUGCCCUCCUGUCCUCAGAAACAUUGCCAACUGUGUGUUCGGCCCUCGUUCUUCUGUGUGUACUUACUGCAUCAUACUGAGUGUUUCCCACAUCACACCUGCAGGACUACUAAAUUUGCAAAAACUAGAUAAAAUGUAGCAUUUUAUUAUAUGGAGUAUGGGGGUGACUUUAUAUAUUGAUGUACAUGUUCAUUAUUACUCUUUUGCAAUGAUUCCAUAAGCUGUAGCUUUUGAAAUAACUAGGCUAGAAAUUCUUCAUUUAAUGCAUUUGUACAUGCUGUGUGAGACACAGUCAACAUUUUUUUUUCUCCAAAUGAGGGCAUUUGUCCUUCACUGAGAUGAUGAUUUCUAUGUUUUUAGAUUUCUGACUUGACAAUGAAAUUGAAGAAGGGCUCUUCAUUAAAUACUACCAGGCAUGGGGCAAGUUGUGAUAACUGACAUCAGGAUGGCUGAGGCAUAAGUCUGGUGCGUUUCAGAUCAUCAGGAUUUUCAGAGAAGUGCCCUGACAAGCAGUGACUCUUUUUAAGAAUACUUAGCUGCAGUAAUAGCAGACAGAGUGAGAUUUUCCUUUGUAGCUAAUGGACUAAGUACUAUUAUUUUAGUCUGAGUUGUACAGCUCUACUUUCUCCCUGUCCUGUUCUCAUUUAAGAAUGAUAAGUGGCACAGUUAGGAAGGAUGUCCUAAACUGGAGGAUAAAGUUCCUUUGUGAGGAAUUAAGUUUUUCUCUUUUCUCCCUCAGCUAUUUGAAAGCUCUCUCUUUUUCCUUGGAUACCAAAGAAAUGUAAAUGUCAAGAAAGCUGAGAAAAUAAACGAAGAGAACUUGUCCAGAUUUGUCUGGAAACUGAUGAAAGGAUGGCCAGAGCUAUUUAUAGACUUGAGGGAAGUAAGUGCAUUGUUCUAGGUCAGCUGUUGUCUUUCCCAGAAAUUACGUUUCCCAUAUAAUUUCACAUGCUCGUACUUCUAAGCCAAGGUUUAACAUUUAGAUGCUCUUAAUAUUGACCUUUCAUAUGCGUGCAGGUGCAGUAAUUCAUCUUUGUUUCAUUUUUUACACAGAAGUAUUUUUUCUUCACCUACCACUGCCCAGCUGCAUUUUUUUUGUUAAACUCUGAGAUGAUUUUGUGCACGCACACGCGGAUGCCUGUAAGACCUAAUUGCUUGGGGUUUUUGUAAUUGGUCCUUUUUUGAGGACAAAUAAACUGCUGUUUGGGGGUAAAAAUGGUAAAGAGAAGGAUCUGGAGAAGAACAAGCUCAGGGGAAAUCUCAGGAGAAUGCCUGAUGAGGACGGGGAGUGAAGAAGAGGGAGCCAGAUCAUUUUCAGUAGUGCCCACAGACGAGAGCUAGUGGGCACAAACAGAAACAUGAGUGACUCCAUCUGAACCGAGAUGACACAUUUUAUGGUAAGGGUGCCCAAGUACUGGCACAAGUAGUUUACAGAGGCCAUGGAGUCUCCAUUCUUGGAGAUAUUCAGAUGCCAUCUGGACAUGAUCCUGGGCAGUCAGCCCUUGGUGGCCCUGCUUUAGUUGGACCAGAUGACCUCAAAGGACCUCAGCCAUGCUGUGGUUCUGUGAUCUAAGACUUGCCCUUUGGUUGUUCUGCUUGCUUCAGCGUACUGAUUGCUGAAGAUGGGAGGGGAGUAAAAAGAAAUAAUACCUAUCUUAAGAAACUUGCAAUGCUGAGAACAGUCACAAGAAUCUUGUUCGUUUGCUUUGUUCUUAAUCUUGAGAGAGAUAAUUGUCUUAACUUAGGUUAGUCAGAAAAUCUAAAUUUACUUAUUAAAGUAAAAUUUUGCUAAUGUUUUCAACUUACAGUUCUGUAACGUGCAAGACACGUAAUUAGUUUACAGGGGUAUUCUUGUCACCAAAGUCUGAAAGUUAGACCAGGGACUGAGUUGAAUAUCCGUAUUCUUGAGUAUUGCCUAUAGUUUCUGUUUGGAAAUAGAGUUGUCUAUAAUACAUUAGGAACAGUUUUGUUUGCAUAUUUUUUAGUAUUUGUUUAUAUAGAUCUUACAAUAAAUUGAGUUUACUGUGGCUUAGGUGUCAGUUGGUUCUACUUUGUUGGAGACUGAGCACAGCGGCUAACUCAUAGUGUCAAACCAUGAAAAUUCGAAUUCAGGUGACAAAGAAGGACAAAGUUUAUGAAAUAAUGAACUAUCUGACCAUUUUAGGGAGAAAAUAUGUAUAAUUGUGUGAAUUCCCAUGCUUUGUUUAUUUAUUUACUGUUACAUCACAGUCAAGAGCCGUUGGGUAGUACAGUCCACUGCUCACCAUCAGGAGAUGGGUUCUCUCUAUCAGACCUUGGAAUUUUCCUCAGGACAGUGCCAUGGAUUUCUGCACAUACGCACUGUUCUGAAACUAAUAGAGGCAAAUUAAAAAUAGCUGGUUUAGUUAUGAUUUGGAAACUAAUGGCUAGUUUGUGCUUCGACUUAUUUUGGAAUAAGUACUGAAAAUAAAAUAACCAGGAAUCGGUGUGUUCACUUUCUGAUUAUAACUUUCACAUACAGGUAAGUCCUAGUUACCAGCUGUCCCUCGAGCCAUCUUAGUGAAACUGAUGUAAUGGUCUCGUUCUGGUUCUUCCUAGUGAGCAUAAAGCCAAUGCAGCUCCUUAGCAUCUUGUGGCAUUUUGCAUUUCUCUCCUUGCCAGGCAGGUAGUGGAGCUGGGCUGUGUCAGGACUUGGCCUGAUCUCUGCAGGGGCAAUGUGGGAAUCAUCUGGAGAAAUUUCCUGCUCAUGUUUUUUCCUAUGUGCAUAUGAGAAGGAAUGGCAUCUCCAGGCCUUCAAAUUUAAAUACCUGAACCCUGCACCUGGCUUCAUUUAAAAAUUAAUCUCCUUGGCAUGCCCCCUCCCCCCCCCAAUAACCAGCAACAAAAUACUUGCACUAUAUUUGUGAUUUAAUACUAUGCUCCUUUUUCUGCCACAAGAAUAGGAGUUUGAGUAAUGUUACAACAAACUCCAAAUAUAUUACCUUUUUAAAGGACUAAUUUCUGUAAAAGGUGAAAGAGCAGCAGUGGAGGGAAUGGUUCCGGACACUAUCUAAAUAGCUUUGCUAUGUGUGCUAUGCCAGUAAGCAGCAGAAGCAAGUUAUGCCUUUUUUUUUUCAUAACAAGUCAAGAAGGACAAAGGGGAUAAUUGCCUCUAAGCUUUCUGUAGCUAGAAGACAUUUGUAUCAUCUAAUUUUAAAUAUCUAGAAAGUUAGAAAACCAGUCUCCUAGGGCCCCUUCACCCUGGGCAGAUAGGUUCUUCCACAGGGUAAUUCAGAUCAAGAGAUCAGUCUUAAAUUGAGGUCUUGAAGUGAUCUCUGGAGAAGCUGAGGUCCAUGUAGACCACAUAAAACUUAUAUUAGAAACUAGCUUCCUGGCCGGCGUGUGCUAUCUAGCAUGUGUGGGUUUGGAAGAAGAGGUUGCUUUCCCCUUGGUGUUUCCUUUUAGCCCUCUAAAUUCUCUUGCUGCUGCUUUCUUUGCUCUAUUGGUUGAACUGCAUCUGAUUGCUCCCUACAAAAUAUCUUGACUAAAACUAG